CUGCCAAUAGAUGGCAUAAUCUUUACCAGAACAGACUGUAAAACUAGAUUGUAGUUAUCUUACCUCUGCCACACACUCCUAACACAGAACCGAAACUACUUUAAUAUUGAAGUAUAGGCGAAGAAAACAACUAGUCUGUAACGUGAGAACAACAGAAACAACAGCCUGUAUAGCAUACUGUGACGACAUCAACCCUCAUCAUGUCUUCUGAUUUACCAAAAUCACUUUCCAGUUGGUGCGAAGGUUCCUCAUCAGAGUCUGAGAUCAAAAUUGUUCUUCUAGGCGAUACAAGAGUUGACAAGAGUGACAUAGCCAAAUUUAUUCUGGGCUGCAAGACUCUGAAAGGAGAAGAAAUUGGUCUGUGUACUUUAUAUAAGAGUGAAGAAACAGAAAGAAAGAUCAGCGUUGUAGACACACCAGGAUGGAGUCCAAUUUCAAUCGAACAAACAGCUGAGAAUAUAAAAACAGAGAUUGUCAGAUGUGUGUCUCUUUGUCCUCCAGGACCUGAUGUUCUUCUUCUGGUGAUUCCUGUGAAACAAGAACCUUCAAUGUAUGAGAUGACAGAAGCACAGAAGCACAUGGAGUUGUUAUCAGAGCGAGUCUGGAAACACACUAUUGUGCUGUUUGAUUGUGAGGAAGAGAUUGAGGAAUCUGUCAUCAAUGAACACAUUCAAUGUGCAAAGACAAUCCUAGAAAAGUGCAAACAAUUCUCUGUUUAUCGUAGGGGUUUCAAUCAAAUGACAAAUCUCUUAAAUAAAAUAGACGAUCUGGUGAAGAUAAAUAAAGGAGAAUUGUUUAUGACACAAAUUUCUGAAAAGAUUCAGCCUAAAACUGAAGGGUUUGAUACGGGACCUGAAAGUAUAAAUAAUCCUCCUGAACUUACAGUAAGUAAAGGAAAUGACACAGAAGAAAAGAAAGAAACUGUACUGGCUAUCAAGCAUGGACUUUGGUAUGAUGUGGCAGCACUACGUCGGGCAAUGAAAUCUUCCUCAGUGAUAUUGAUGGGUAUAAUUGGAGCUUUGAUUGGUGCAGUUGCAGGAUCUGAACAUGGUGCUUUAGGGGCUUGUGCCGGAUUAGUUUCUGGUAUCAUUGUGGGCGGUUUACUUUCAGUUUUGAUCAUUUACAUUUGCACUUACAUAUAUUCAUACUCUUAAUCAAAAGUUCGCCUUAAGCAGCUUAGUCUCCCAUAAGGAGUGAUAUAAAUUUGGGUUUAAGCAAUUCAAUCAAAUGGAAAAAGCCUUUUUAUUUAUCCUUUCUUCUCUAUAUUCCAAUAUUUUUGUCAUUUUAUAAAGAGUCAAUAUCACUAUAAAGUGCCUUUUCUGUCCUCAUCAGAAUCACUCAGUCAUAAUAAUAAAUAAUGAAAUUCUGAGGUUUUAUUACAAAUAGCCAAAAAGUACAAUGAUAAGUCUCUUGAAAUAUGUUUUUCUCAGUUUAUACCAUUUUCUUUGAUUUGAUUUUGGCAUGUCUUAAGCUCAGCUAACUUUAGUAGAGUGUAAAAAGUGAAUAAAUUACAUAAAAUUCAAAAACGUUUUGAUUUGUCUUAUUGUCCUCAACAAGUUAUUUGAUAAAAACAAGUCAUUUUUAAAAUUAAUAUUCAAUAUUUUUAAUAAUAAUAUUAAGCAUUUUGCAUGUGUCCCUGAAAUUGCUGUCUACCCUGUCAUUUUGG